CUGGAGUGGUGCGGCUUCACAUGUGGACCUCCCGGUCGCACACGCCAACAAAGCAGCGUCCGACGGUCGCGAGCGCGGCUGAAUGGGGCGCUGGAGGAGACGUGGGGCUGAUCUGCGGCUCGGCUCUGCAGCUGCUGGCAACAGAGGAGAGGAAAAGAGCCCUCCACCGUGGGCUGUUGUGUAAUCCCUCUCAGGGCCCCUUGCUAUUUUUGUGCCUGGGUCCACACGUCACGGUUGGGUAUUUUCUCUGGUGACUAGCUUGCAUCAAUAGAUCUUCUAAUGUACAGCCAGCCAGCCAGCAGCUCCGGGACUGAUGGGACUCUACCGCGCUGAUUCCUCGGCUUAUUGUCGCCCUGACAUGGAGCGAUCGUGGGCUCGGACUCCGCAGGAGGAGGAAUGUCACACGUGACUGUCGGUAUGGAACAGGGGACGAUUCGAAUGUCAGAUGAUCCUUCUCUGCAAUCAAUUCAGACGAGCAUCAGUACUGUGGCAGAUAACAGAUAUUAUCCUUGAAAGUCAGUCCCAAAGAAAGUGACGUCGGAUUCAUGGAGUCACUUGAAACUACUGCAAGAGUGAAAAGUGCUGUUGAAGGUCAAAGCAGACAUGUCGCGCCGAAGAAAUGUGCAUUGGUGGCUUCACAAACCCGGCGGAGUCCCAAUGUGGAGGCGGAGGGUGGAGGGUGGCAGGAGCAGCAAGGCCAGGGCGACUCUCCGGCCGACUCAGGGAAACUCGUCAAAAUAGAAGAUCCUCAGAAGAAGCCCAGAAGCCAUCCGGAGGAGGUGUCGCCGUACCCGCAGCAGGUCGCCAAAGCGUUUCCUGUCGGCAGACAAAAAGGCUUAGGGCCUGUGAUUCCUGCUUCUUCUGGAAGCUGUCCCUCCAACAGGAAGUCCCCCAUUCCACCUGAACAUCACCUCAGCCAAUCAGGGAUGGAGCAGCUGCCGGAGGUGGCCUGCAAAGUGGAACAGAAGCAGCAGAAACCGGGGAAGUACGUGUGCGAUUACUGCGGCAGGGCGUGCGCCAAACCCAGCGUGCUGAAGAAACACAUUCGCUCUCACACGGGGGAGCGGCCCUAUCCCUGCGUGCCCUGCGGCUUCUCCUUCAAAACCAAGAGCAAUUUGUACAAGCACCGAAAGUCCCACGCUCACUCUGUCAAAGCUGGAACCGUGCCAAUCUCAGAACUUGGUUCUUAUAGUGCCAACACAGAUCCGGGGUCUUUUGAAGGAGAAGGAGAGUUAUUCUCUGAUGCUGAGCAAAGCACUGACACCGACGAGGACACGGCUAACGACCCGCUGCUGCUGCUGGACUCUCCGCUGGAGGGAUCGGAUAACACCGCCGUCAAAGUACUGAAUCUUAUCGCUCAAAAAAAGGGAUCCACGUCGAUGUCGGCGCAGGAAGGUUCAUCCCAGCACCCAGAAAUCAAUGUCCCUCCCGCUCCUGCCGAGUCCACGCGGGCAAUUCAAUCUUGCACUAUCAAGCAGAGGCUCGCGCUCCGCUUGUCUGAGAAAAGAAGCAGUGACUCGGAACACAAUCUGUCCUUACCGAGUCAGUCCAGCAAGGGCAGCACAGACUCGGGGUACUUCUCCCGGUCAGAGAGUGCGGAGCACCAAACCGGGCCUCCUAACGUCAAUGCAAAAUCCUAUCAGGAGAUAAUGUUUGGGAAGUGUUAUCGGCCCAGCCCCAAACAGGCGGCGGCUUUUGUGGGGUACAGCGGCGAGUCACAGCGACACUCGCAAAGAGGAGUGUCUCGUGUUUUCACGCAGGAGAAGGACACUGUCGACUCAAUCAAGAUAAACACCAAGUCCUUCAUGAGGGAAGAAGUCAAGGAGCCCCAGUUGGAAUGUGCCUCCGAUAUGGGGCCUCUGACAAGAAGCAACUCCAUGCCAACGUCCUCAGCAGGCUGUCUGACGAUGCCCCCAGCACUCAGAGGCAGCCACUCCUUCGACGAGAGAACCAGCACCGGAGGGAUGAGGAGACUCAGACGGCAAGCUGCUUUUGAACUCUCCCCGCAUGAUAUCCAUGUGGAUAGUGACAGCCAUGGAAAGAUGUGUGAGAGCAGCGCGUCACCCUCAGGACUGGAAAUGGAAAAUUAUCCCUCCGCAGCGUCUCACAUAAAUCACCAGAGACACGCGAUGGAUCAGGCCACGCGGAAGCGUCGCAAGGGAAAGAGGGAAGAGGAGGACAUGUCGGGUCAGUAUGAAGUGCAUCAUGAGCAGGGUGAGGAGAAGUUUGACUCCACUAAAGACUAUGAUUUGAAGGUCAUCAAGGGUGCAAUGAAAGGACACUCAUCAACGCAACCCGACAGAUGUGAAAUGGACAUAUCACUGAGCCAGGAAAUGAGCCGCAAAACCUUAGGGAACGUUAUCUCAGUCAUCCAACACACAAACUCGCUACACAGGCCUCAUCCUGAACUGCCAUUUCAACCCAUGGAAGAGUCAUAUGACACGGAGAGAAGUGACGGGAGACUGCGCCAGUCCUUCCAACUUGGUCCCAAACUUGUGCGUCAGCCCAACAUACAAGUUCCAGAAAUACGUGUCACUGUGGAGCCCGACAGCCCCGAUAAAGCUCAAGAGGUGCAGGUCAAAGAGCCGGAGAGGCACGUGGAGGAGUUCCAGUGGCCACAGAGGAGCGAAACCUUGGCUCAGUUUCCGCCAGAGAAGCUCCCGCCGAAAAAGAAAAGGUUACGUUUGACUGACAUCGAGCACUCCUCUGGUGAGUCCAGCUUUGAGUCGGCCUGCACCAGCCUGUCCCGCAGCCCGAGCCAGGACAGUAACUUAUCCUACAGCUCCACCUUCUCCUUCGACAGGGAGGAGAAGACUGUGUCUCCUGCUCGGCAGGACGAGUUUGGCAGACCACUGGAACUCCUCGCUGUGCCAGGAAGUGGCUACACUCUGUCUGUGGCUGGCCAGCGUCAACAGCAUGAAAUGCGACGCUCUUCCUCCGAGCAGGCACCAUGUAACUUGCGCAAGGAGUUCCCAGAGGCACGCAGCGUGUCAUUUGACUAUGGCAGCCUGUCUCCCACGUCCAAAGUUAGACACGUGGAUCUCGGUGCUGGACAAGAGCGGAGCAGGGACAACUUGGUGCGGCAGGAGUCGCUCAAUAUGGACACUGAGGCGGCGCAGGUCCCGUCACAAGUAUUUCCUCCGUACCUCAGCGCGCCUCCGUUUACAGCGGUGGCCGUUCUGUCUCAAACUCUGCCAAUAUUCUCCACCGGGAAGACCUUCUCUCAGACCCCUCACCCCAGCCUGCUGGUUCCCGUGAGAAUUCAGACUCAUGUGCCAUCCUACGGUAACCUCACGUACACGUCCGUGUCGCAGAUUUUUGAGAGUCAUUUUGAGGGCCUUGGUAGCAUUAUGUCCCCCUCGCAGAUUCUACGCUCAGCAGGCCCUCUAGAUCCUCUGAGCAGACCCCCAUAUGCGCAGUCCCUUAAGGUGGAAGCCCUCGAUUUGUCCCCCGCAAAGCUCAAAACGGGCAUCCCCCUCUCCCUGACCUCGAGAACCAUAUCAACUACCAACGCGUCCAGUGGCGCUAGCAAGCGGAUGUUGUCUCCGGCCAGUAGCUUGGAUCUCUUCAUGGAGGUCAAGCAACAAAAGCGUGUGAAGGAGGAAAGAAUGUUCGGCCAGAUCGUGGAGGAGUUGAGUGCUGUUGAGCUUGGAAAAUGCCACCUGAGUGAAGAUGUGGGACGGAGGUCAGAGUUGCAGGGUGCACAUCAGGAAGACUCUCACAAGGUCACGUUCGUCCCACUUCAGCAGACAGACUCCAGUGAGCAGAGCUUCGACUCAGCGAUGGAGAGCAGCGCCAUAGAAACCAGCUCCCCUCCAUACUCUAUGAUGUCAGCCGCUGAAGUGAAAGAAGUUGCCAUGGAGAAACGCAUGCAGAUGGAUUUAGUGGCACAGCUGGUUUCCAGUCAAGACAUCCUGAUCUCAGACGCCAAGCAUCCAGGCCUGUCAUCUCAGUUUCCAAGUCUUCGCACAACGACAGGUGUGAGCUGGUGUUAUCUUAGCUACACCAAGCCGAGCUGCUCCCACAGCAACGCUCCUUUUUCUUCGGUCUACGCCAGCUGGUGUGUGAGCUCCCACAACCCAAACCCUCUGGAGCUGAGCACCAGUGCAGCUCUGGCGAUGCUGCGGUCCAAACAAAGCGGGGGCAAAGUCAUAUACACCAUGGCGGCCAUGUGUCAGCCGGAUAAAGGCAAGCUGGUGUCAUCACUCAUCCUGUGGAGGCAGACGGUGGAACAGCGGAAGCCGGAGCCCAAAGAGGUGGACGUCAACUUUGGAAAGAAAGUGAAAGACCCGAGCUUCAGGCUGAAGAGUGCCAAGGAGGAGUGGAAAGAGAAGGAGGCUUCCACCACACAAGCCAUGCCAACACGUAUCAAGAUCUUCGAGGGCGGCUUCAAGUCCAAUGAGGACUAUGUGUACGUGCGAGGCAGAGGCCGGGGCAAGUACAUCUGUGAGGAGUGCGGCAUCCGCUGCAAGAAGCCCAGCAUGCUGAAGAAGCACAUCAGGACACACACAGACGUCAGACCCUACGUGUGCAGGGUGUGCAACUUCGCCUUCAAAACUAAAGGAAACCUGACCAAGCACAUGAAGUCCAAGGCUCACAUGAAGAAGUGUCUGGAACUGGGCGUCUCUGUGACCAUGGACGAAGCGGAGAUCCAGGACCAUGUUGAUGAUAUCCAGCAAGAUUCCAAGACAGAGCUCGCCGUGGUCACCAAACACCAGUUCUCCGAUGCCGAAGACUCAGACGGGAUGGAUGAAGAAGCAGAUGAUCUGGACGAAGAUGAUGAGGACGAUGAGGAGUACGAAGGAGAUUCCACUCCGAAGCUACGUUCAAGAAGUACGAGUCCACAGCCCACGGGAGUCACGUCUCUGACGGUGACGGCCACAGCAACCAUCCACGGAUCUUCCCUCACUCGGAUGGAGCAAAGAGAAAAGUCCAUGGACGAGGACUCUCUGCCCAUGCUGACCCCAGACCAGGCCAGCUUCCUCUUUGACCCUUACUCAUCCUGUCUUCUGUCUCCUGGCUGGGAGUCGCCCAUCCGGGAGCCAUCUCCUUCUCGUCUCCGAUACCCGUCACCGAGGCGCGAGCUGUCCCCACGAGGGCGCUCCUCUCCGAGGUGGGACACCUCUCCACUGCGGCCCGCCUCGCCCAGCUUCACUCCGAUCCAGCACCUCUCCCCGGGCUCGAUCGAGCGGCCCAUGUCUCCGGGACUGGAGCUGUCGGUGAAGCGUGAGUCGGCGGUCCGAGGACGGCAGAGGGUCGUGCUCCGAGCCGUCUCACCGCGCAGAGGUUCCCACCAACACAAAGGGGUCGGCGACAAAAUCAGGCACCAUCAAAAGCUCGACAUGACUCAACAGCAGGGAGCCUUUGAAAUGGAACUGGAUCAGCGCAGCUACGUGAGCCUCUCGGCUGCCUCUCAACCGCAGAACAUCCUCAGCCACCUCCCACUCCACUCCCAGCAGCAGGCCUUCCGUUUGCUCCCGGUGGUUCCCAUCGGAGGCCUGGAGGUCCUCCACACUCCGCCCUCUUCCAGCGGCGAAGCCUCAGUCUCGUCCGUGUCCAGCCCGCAGAGCGUGGAGAGCCAGCGCUGCAGCAGCAGGGACGGCUCCAUCGUGGAGUCCAAGAUGGGCGAGGAGGACGCUGGGGAUCAGAACCAGGCCGCCUCAGAUCAGGACCAGGGUCUGGUCAGUGAUAACAGACAGGAAGAGAACGUCCAGACCUGUUUGAAAGCCAUUGAAUCCUUGAAGAUCACAGCAGAGGAGCCUCAUUAAACCGUGGAUCCCCUAAUCUGGUCCAAGACCCUGCAACCUCGCGGUCCUCUGUCCACGUGGCACAUAACCUCAUCUUUGUCCCAUCUGAGGCAAUAACACUCUGGGUGGAGCUCAGUGAAGGACCUGGUCUCUCCAGAGACUCUGGGAGUGGAGAAGCAGCAGGACGUUUGUCAGAGGUGCAGAAUCAUUACUGGGUGCAGGUGCAAUAUGGAAAGGUAUUCUGCCUUUGUUUGACACAGUAGUUUGCGUACAAUUGCACAUCAAUAUAUUUGUGGAUCCUGUAAAGAUACUCUUCUUAGAUGCAUACAAACAGUGUAUUUUACUGUAUGUGUACUUUGAGAAUAGACUGUCGUUUAACGUAAUCAUCCGGAGGUGUGACGCAGUAGUGCAGUGAGUCCAGCGGAGGGCGAAGUAUUAACAAGCAGUCUGACCAAAUGUAAGUAGACGCUUCGUGUGCAGUUUGGUGCUUCGGAUUCAGCGGCAAAGGUCGGUGCCUUUCUUUCGGCUUCUCCGUCUUUCUUGAUGCGAAGCUGGUGAGGGGACGAAUCGUGGGUCAGUUCGGCUGACGGAUCAAUGCAGCUUGAUUUAUGUGAAACAAUCUUAAAAGUGUUUCUUAUGUUGCGUUUCUUUUCCCUCUUCAUGUUUUUAUCUUGGUAAAAAACAAAAAAGAUGCAUGGGAUUUUGCUAUUGCACAACUUAUAGGAAGGUAUUACGUGAUUACAAAUAUUGUAAGAUGUAUUUAUAUAUUAGAACGUAAGCACUUAUUGAUACUGGUAAUAUUUGACUACUAUUUAUAUGGUAUAUCUGUCCUUAUGCAGCAGUGAUGCAGUUAUGCAGUGAGCCAUGCUGGCAUUGCUUUUGAUAUCACGUCAUUGCUUGGAUUUAACGGCUUGUUUCUCUCUCUCGCGCGCUCGUAUUUACAGACGACAGUUGAUGAGUUUUAAUAAUGCACUUUCAUCCUUUCAUCUUUGACGCUCGACUCGCUCGGUCGGUGCAAAUGAGGGAGUAAAAAAACAUGUGACGUUUCUCUUGUGGUGUUUGAAACAUUCCAAGUUCUUUUUUCUAUCAUGAUCUCAUUGUUAGAGUUGCACACGCACACACGCACACACACACGUUUGUAUCACUAUCCUUGUGGGGACCUCUCAUUUCGUAACCCUUUCCCCAGCAAACCCAAGCAUCCAAUGGCUAACCUUAACCAGGACUCAACUGAAUCGUGAUUAUAUUUUUGAAGCCUCAAACUGAGGCUCAACCUCAAACCAAAAGGUCCCCACAAAAGCACACAUUGAGGUGUGUUUCCAAGAAUUGUUCCCCACAAGGAUAGCCAUACAAGGUACACACACUCACAGAGUCACAAACAAGGGGCUAACCAGAACUCAGUGUUCUGUCAUGACAGUGUAAAUCAAUGAUACUUACUGUACUGAAUGAGGUGUGGGAGUUGGGUUGACUCUUCUAAUUAUUGUUGAUGUGCUUCUGCGCAAACUGGAAGUCAUGUGUUCCCUGGAUGCGUCACUUCUGGCCUGUACAUAAAUAUACACCUGUAUUUUUAUCAUUUGAACUAUUUUUGCAGCGUGGAACUACAACUCUAUACGUGGAUGUUUGUUUCUCUGUCCAGAAAUGGAAUCCCCUCCCUCCCCCUCUCCCCCCCCCCCCGGUGGGUGCUCCAGGUACAACACACGUGUGUGACGUCGGUGCGUGAGACAUGAUAGCACAGUCUCUCCUGCGCCCAGGUCCAUCACCAGUGGGUCGUGGAGUGGAGCCCCGUCCUCGCUGUGCUCCUGUGUGCCCGGUCUACCUGGCAGCCAUUUUGCUUCACUGCUGAGACGGGAAACUAAAAUCAGAAAAUCGUCCGGUCUAAUUAAAUAUUCAUUACUGGAGCUAAUGAGGUUUUUAAACAUUUAAGGUCGGUGAUGAAGUGGCAGCAAAGCACGCGCCUUUAUUCUGGCGAGCUCUCCAGGUGAUGACAUCACUCAGAGGAAACAUGUUUGUGGCAGUACUUGUUGAUGUAGCGCUGUAAACCUCACAUUUAGAGUGGAAAAACACAGUUAAAGAAGUCUGUUUUGAAAAGUCUGGGAUCCUCGGAGGACCCUUCAUAAGUCAUGCUGCCUUCAAGGCAGAAGCUCAGUCACUGAGGACAGCCAGCCCACAGCCACCUCCACUGUCAUGGCAACACAGGUGCAUGAGGUCUGAACUGGACAGGAGGCCAGAGGAAGGUGGCGUGAACCAGUGUCAGGUGUUGAGACGUGAAGAACCAGAGAUGCAGUCAGAGUGUGUGGACCCCUGCCUGGUGGCCACUCUCAUUAUUUUAUCUCUAGGAUUCUAGAUGCGUUUGGCGUCUGAAACACUGGUGAUAGCAGUGAGCACGAUGGGACAGCAGGUGGCACUGGCGCUACGGAACCAGAAGCAGUGGCUCUGUCACUUCAGGGCAGAGAACCUUCAAUAGUUGUGGGUCCAGGUGGAACCCCUCCAAUGCUCCGUGAAAGUUCUGAUUUUAGUUUCUAAACUCUGAAGGUCAAAAGGUCACCGGCACACGAGUUGAUUUGAGGUGAGCCAGUGUGAGGCUUUUUAUUUGCACUUUGAGCUUGUGUUGUACCUGGGGCCCUCCCCGGAGCCCGUCCCGGGGCCAGUCCCUUCAGGCUCCAUCAGUAACAGCACAGCGUUGAUCAUCGACUCCUCCCCACCUCCCGGAGUGAUGAGGGAAUUGUGGCUCAUGUUUACAUCACCAUACCUAUUUAAAGGUGCACUGCUUUAACGUGUUUCUCCUGGACGGUGUGAGCGGCCUUUCCUUGGUCCUGGUUCAGAAGCAGGCUGCUCAUUCAUGUGAAGGAGAGUUGAAGCCUUUUGAUUUGCUGCGGCAUAUGUAUCUCGGACCGUGUUUGUGUUCUGUUUGGAAUCUUGUAUGCAUAUUUACGGAACUGCAUUGUGCCUCUCGUGUCUGUGGAGCCCCUGGAAGACACACACGGAGGACGGAGAUUUACCUCGGGUGGACAGUUGAGGCAAGGAAGAACACCUCAGUAGCCAACCGGUUGUUUUCAGCGAUUUGUAUCCAAACUGGGUCGGAGUGCCUCUUUUCUCGCUGUCUCGGGAGGAAUUUAUUGUUUGGUGCUCAACUUUUUCAGAUUAAAUCUCAAAUGGUUUUGAAAAGAA